AUGCGUCUGGCAGUUCACUUACCACUCCAGCAGCAAAUAGUGUUCAUGGGUGGGCAAGAAGCUGAACAAGCUGCUAUCAAGUGUACAGCCUUGACAGCUUUUUUUGGAUUAAAUAAAACGGAUAAUGCAGCUCACAGCUACACUUACUCUGACAUUCCCCAUCACUACGUUUUUGACAAAAGUGGAACAAAAUGGAAGAGGCGCCAGCGAGGAUCACAGCAGGUGAUUGGAAGAAUGCCUGUAGUUAGUGUUCAGGACAGUGAAAGAUUCUGUUUAAGAAUGUUGUUACUCAGAUGCAAAGGAGUUGUUGGUUUUGAAGAUAUCCUUAUUGUGGACGGAAUGCUGUGUACUUCUUUUCAAGAAGCAUGUAGGAGGACAGGACUUCUGGAAGGAGAUGAACAUUGGAUCCAGACAUUAAGCGAGGCUGCAGAAGCACAAUCUCCUAAUCAGUUGCGGAUGCUGUUUGCCAUAAUAUGUGCAUUCGGGGAAGUUGAAGAUAUUCCUCAACUUUAG